ACUUGGGUAUAGCUAAAAAUUAAAUGAUGAUUUGAUGAAUGGUUGGAAUAUUCUAGAAUACUAACUUUUCCUUCUAUCUCAAUUCUCAAUCUUCAUGCCACACUUGUACACUUCUACUCCCACAUUCAUCUUCAACAUUCAAUCCAAAAUGCCAUCAUAACAAAGCCCUAAUUUCCACACACCAAUUUAUUUCGUGUUUUUCGUCCAAUUUUUCUUCACGAAAUUCAUUCGUUUAAAUGCUAACAUCCUAUAACCUUCUUCUUCGUGCUCGCUUUCGUCACUCUCACCAACACUGGUUUUGUACCAUUGUCGCUCUCAAACCUGAGCCUCAACCACCUCCAACCACCGUCUCCGCAACCACCACCACCGCUACCACCACCACAUCCUAUUCACUAUCCUCUAGACGCUUACUUUUUCAUGGAUUCGAUUCUCGCCGACAUCUUCAUCACAGUCACCAUCACUCUUUCCAUCGAAAUUUCUUUACAAGAGCUAAACCGGCUCAGAUAAUUGAAUUCAACGAUCGCCACAGUCAGCGAGCUGUUAAAACUGCAUUAUGGUGUAAUUUUCUUGUUUUUUCACUCAAAUUUGGAGUAUGGUUAGCUUCAUCUAGUCAUGUUAUGUUAGCGGAAGUUGUGCAUUCUGUUGCCGAUUUUGCAAAUCAGGCGCUGCUUGCUUAUGGUCUAUCUAGCUCUAGGCGGGCACCAGAUGCUAUGCAUCCUUAUGGUUAUUCCAAAGAAAGAUUUGUUUGGUCAUUAAUAUCUGCUGUUGGGAUAUUUUGUCUUGGUUCUGGUGCUACAGUUGUUCAUGGAGUUCAAAACUUAUGGGUUGCACAGCCCCCUGAAAAUAUGCAAUUAGCAGCUUUGGUGUUAUGUGGUUCAUUUGUCAUUGAAGGUGCCUCUCUUGUUGUUGCCAUUCAAGCUGUCAAGCAAGGCGCAGCUGCAGAGGGAAUGAAAUUAAGAGACUAUAUUUGGCGUGGACAUGAUCCUACAUCUGUUGCAGUAAUGACAGAGGAUGGUGCUGCAGUAACUGGCCUUGCUAUUGCUGGGGCAUCGUUGGUGGCAGUGCACUACACGGGAAAUGCCAUGUAUGAUCCCAUUGGCUCAAUAUUGGUUGGCAACUUACUUGGAAUGGUAGCCAUAUUUCUUAUCCAGAGAAACCGACAUGCCUUGAUUGGUAGAGCUAUGGACGAUCAUGAUAUGAAAAAAGUACUCCAUUUUUUGAAAAAUGACCCGGUUGUAGAUGCUCUCUAUGACUGCAAAAGUGAAGUUAUCGGGCCUGGAUUCUUCAGAUUUAAGGCAGAAAUAGAUUUUAACGGAGAUGUGGUUGUACAAAAUUAUCUUGAAAGGACUGGACGUGAGGAAUGGGCCAAACAGUUUCGGGACGCUACAAUGCUAAAGGACGAUUCCGCCUUGACGAAGAUUAUGUCAAAUUAUGGUGAGGAAGUAGUUACAGCAUUAGGAAGUGAAGUUGAUAGGUUAGAGAAGGAGAUCCAAAAUCUUGUUCCCGGUAUCCGCCAUGUUGAUAUCGAAGCCCACAAUCCAACAGAGUCAUCUUUGUCAAGUUAAAGUUUUCAAUAAAUCUAAGAUCCCGCUCUCUUUCAUUUAUCUUGUCAGUGUAUUUAUUUAUGAAUGUUGAUUCAGCAUCAUCCAUUAUUAUGAGCUCAUUUUGGUGCUCUUUCUUAAGGAAAAUGAAAUUUUCAAGUUACAUGGCUCAAGUUGAGUCGACAGCUCUUGAUAGAUUAGUGUAAAACAUGUAUUCAUUUUUUCCUCUAGCAGGAAAAGAGUAAAAUUAAUGUAUGAGUGAUAAAUUCCUUAA